UUAAAACAAAAACGUUUAUUUUCUACAAUAUUCCCCAUGUUAGUUUUAGGCAAAUUAUUUUCGGGCAAUGUCAGUGUUGUGUCGUUGUUCUUAGAUUCGGUAAUUCGAGCAGGCGGGUCUGGAUUAGCUAGUGGGCUUUUAACUCCACACGGAUGUGUCACUGUCCGGAGUAUUGAUGAUACAAUCUGGGACUCCAUGCUCUGACAUUAACGUUGUACAUGUGUGUGCUGUAGUGUGUGCAGGAGUGUGAGGUGUCCUGGACCAGCAUGGCCCACAGCUUCCGCAGAGACUCCCCGGAGCUGCCAGACUUCUCCCUGCUCAAGAGACUGGCCCGGGACCAGCUCAUCUACCUGCUGGAACAGCUACCAGGGAAGAAAGACCUCUUCAUUGAGGCGGAUUUAAUGAGUCCACUGGACCGCAUCGCAAAUGUCUCAACGCUAAAGCAACACGAAGUGGACAAACUUUACAAAGUGGAAUAUAAGCCUAUUGUCAGCACCUCAGAUCAGCUCUGUUUUCUGAUCCGGCCUCGGAUACAAACUGUGAAGUGGAUAUGUGAUGUGGCAAAUGCAGACAAGGCAGCAGGAAGGUUCAGAAGAUACAAGAUCAUCUUCACACCUCAGAAGUUCUACGCAUGUGAGGCUGUGCUGGAGGAGCAGGGGCUCUACGGGGAUGUGACUACGGACGAAUGGGCUUUCUACCUCCUCCCGCUUGAUGAUGACAUCAUCAGUCUGGAGCUUCCAGAGUUCUUUCGAGACAACUUUCUGGCAGGAGACCAGCGAUGGGUGAGAACAGCUGGCAGCGCUUUGCACCUCCUUCACUCCCUUUACGGCCCGUUUUCAAAGGUCUACGGGAUCGGGCGCUGCUCAAAGAUGACAUACGAGUCAUGGAGAGAGCAGGUCCAGGCGGGAGAUCGAAAAGCUCACCAAGCUGAAGUCGGCAAUGUUUUUCUUAUCGACCGAGAUGUGGACUUUGUCACCCCCCUUUGCUCACAAGUUGUAUAUGAAGGACUCGUGGAUGAUAUAUUUAGAAUCAAGUGUGGAUGUGUGGAGUUCGGUCCGGAUGUUACCUCCUCUGACAAAAGUCUAAAAGUGAUGCUGAACUCGCAGGAUAAGGUCUUCAAUGAAAUCAGAAACGAGCACUUCUCCAACGUCUUCAGCUUUCUCAGCCAGAAAGCCAGAAAUCUCCAGACUGCAUAUGAUAAGCGUCGUGGGAUGGACAUACAGCAGAUGAAGACGUUUGUUUCUGAAGAGCUGAAAGGGUUGAAACAGGAGCAUCGGCUGCUUAGUCUACACAUCGGUGCCAGCGAAUCAAUAAUGAAGAAGAAAACAAAGCAGGAUUUUCAGGAGCUGUUAAAGACAGAACACUCUUUACUUGAAGGAUUUGAACUCCGUGAAUGCAUUAAUUACAUAGAGGAGCACAUCAAUCGACAGAUCUCCAUGACAGAAAGUCUGAGGCUGCUUUGUCUUCUGUCUAUUACAGAAAACGGACUCCUGCCUAAAGACUACAGGUCACUAAAAGCACAGUAUCUUCAGAGCUAUGGAGUGGAGCACCUGCUCACGUUUUCCAACCUGAGGCAGCUGGGGUUGCUGGUGGAGCAGCAGCCGGGGGAGACACUCACGGUCAUGGAGAGCAGAGUGGGCAAACUGGUCAAUGACAAAACCGCCGGAAAGCUGAGUGAUGCUUUUUCCUCUCUGGCAAAAAAGAGCAAUUUCAGAGCUUUGAGCCGAAAGCUCAACCUGGUGCCAAAGUCAGAUGAAGAGUAUGACCUUCGAGUGCCUCGGGACAUGGCUUACAUCUUCAGCGGCGCCUACGUCCCUCUGAGCUGCAAACUCAUCGAGCAGGUUUUGGAACGAGAUGGUUGGACCGGGCUUGAAGACGUCACCAAGCUGCUAAAUGGACACGAGUUUGCUGUUACAGGCAGCAACGGAGCUGAUGUAAGAGCAAAAAGCGAAGCUCAGCGUAUCAUUCUCGUCAUGUUCCUUGGUGGAUGCACGUUCUCUGAGAUUUCAGCGUUGCGCUUCCUUGGCAGAGAAAAAGGUUAUAAAUUCAUCGUGGUAACAACUGCAAUUACAAACAGUUCAAGACUCUUGGAGGCUUUGCUGGACAACCAUGUUUGAAGCUUAUCCGCUCAUCGUUUUUUGAUUAAUAUUGACAUUAACAUUCCUCCAGACAUUUGUCACACGUUUCAGUCAGCACAAAGGGAGAAAUGUUCUCUUUUGACUACAACAUAACUGUAAAAAUAUGUAUAAACCAAAUAAACCUGGGAUUCUUUUUAAAA